AUGACCGAAGAAAUUCGAUGGACGCCGACCCGACCGACGCUUUGGCAAGAGAAUGGCGGCGACACUCUCGAAGCGUGCAGUCUUGUAGUUCGCAUACGGUAUGCACCUUUAAUGUUUGUUCUCCGCGGCGCGCUCUUUCCUCCUCUGCGUCCCGUCCACGUAAUCCGUUGCCCUUUUGUUGCGAUUCGCAUGGCAAACGGAUUUGUUUUAUUGCGGGAGGGAGGUUUUUGGUUUUUGUCUUUUACAAAAUGUACUCGUUUUGUUUUUGUGCUGACGUGGAAUUUGAAAUUUAGGUCAUAGAGUUUGUCAUUUUGGUUUAAAACAGGAAAACUGUUAAUUUUAAAGUUUAUGUUGCUGUUUUUUUAUUUAAAUGGAUUUUUCAGUUUUUUUGUAUAUAUUUCAAUAAUGAAAAAAAUACGCUGCAAACAUAUCUUUCAUCCUUGACUUUUUUUCCUCUUAAAAAAACCAUUUUUUUGUUAAAAAAAUUUGAUUCUUGUUUCUUUCUGUUUCAAAUGGAAUUCUCAUAACUAUCACAGGAACAAAAAAAUAUUUUUUUGCGAGUUACAAUCAAUUUUUUUGAUCUCUAACUGGAAUAUUCCCAAGUCCUGAAUUUUUUUGACGGCUUUGAAAAAAAUUUAUUUUUUUAUCAUUAUUUUUUUCGUUUUUUUCUUGAAAGUGUGGUAUUUAUGCGCAGAAACAGGAAUCUGAAACUUUUUUGGUCUUCGUCAAACCGAUUUUCUCCCUUUCAAACAAUAGUAUUUUUCCAGAAAUGCUCUCUCUUGGCUAUCUAGUCCUAGUUAUUUUUGCGGUUUCUGUUUCUGCAAAUGUCGAGCCACCGGCAGCAUCUCCAACGGCCGCGGAGAUCCUCGCACAGAACAUCGAGGGAACGACUGUUCACGAAUUCCGCGGUUAUUACAAGAGGGAACAUUCUUUGAUCCGUCCUUAUCAAGGUGAGAAUAUUCCAAAUCAUCCAAUUUUGAAAAUGAAUUUCAGGCGCCGGAAUGGACAUUCCCUACUGGAGCAUUCAGGGCAGUACUAUGGUUACCAGUCAGCAAGUUAGAUUGACGAGCGAUGAUCAAAGUCGAGCUGGCGCCAUUUGGAAUACGCAGGUGCAUUUUUGAAGUUCUUGUUGGAAUUUGAGAGUUCUGAAAAAAAUUAUAAAAAGAUGAUAAAUGCAUUUUUUUCAAGAGAAAAAUUUAUCGAAUUUUUUUCAAAAUUUUUGGAAGAAGGUAGUGAAAAGUCGGAAUUCGUCAAAAAUAUCUGAAUUUUUUCAUAAGCUCGUCUGAAAGUAGGCUAAAAAGUCAUUUUGUUAAAAAUUCAAAAAAUUGGGGUUUCAGCCUUUUUAUAAGUUUCUUCAAACGGAGAGAGAGAGCUCACAGAUUUUUAAAAAAAUUGACAAACUAGCAUGUUAUUGUCUUAGAGGUUAUUUUUAAAAUUUUUGCUUUUCACCUGUUUUUUUUUUUAGCUCCUUUGAAAAAACUUGAUCUAUAGGAUUUUUCAUCAAUCCUGAAAACCUUGCAAAAUUUUUAAAAAAACAUCAACCAUAAAGCAUAUUUCAUUAUUUUCAGCCCGUUUGGAGCCGUGACUGGGAAAUGCAAGUUUCCUUCAAAGUUUCAGGAACUACAGGUGAUUUUAUUUAUUAUUUUUUUCUAAACUUCAAAAUGAAUUUUUUAGGAGACCUUUUUCGGUGACGGCAUGGCCAUCUGGUACGUCUCCCAGCCAAAUUUAAUGGGACCCGUCUUUGGAGGAAAGGAUUAUUUCCGUGGAUUGGCUAUCUUUCUCGACACUUACAGCAAUCACAACGGUCCUCAUUCGGUGAGAAUGAUUGAAAAAAAUAUGAAAAUAAAGUUUUUUUAAAAUCUCCUAAAAUCAAAAAAAGCCUUAGGGACUGACAGUUUUUGAGAGGAAAAAUAAAUUUGCUCUAUAUACCAUUUAACUGUUUCAAACAAAAAAAUUUGCUCUAUACACCAUUUAACUGUUUCAAACAAAAAUUUGCUCUAUACACCAUUUAACUGUUUCAAACAAAUAAGGAAAUUAUUUUUAUUUUUUUAUACAAAAACAUUUUUUUGAGCAUGUGGUGAAUUGCAAAGUAUUUAUCAACGGUAAGAAUUUUUUUCAAAAUUCAAAAAAAGUAGAGGAUGAUUUUUGAAAGAAAAUAAUACUUCGAUAAAUUAUUCUCAAUUAAGAUCAUUUAAUAUUUCAACUUUAGCACGGUCAUCCUUUCAUCUCCGCCAUGGUUUCCGACGGUUCCCUUCACUAUGAUCACGACAAAGACGGCACGCACACUCAACUCGGCGGCGAAGACACUGGUAAAAAUCAAUAAUAUCGAUUUUUCCUCAUUCCUUCACACAACAGGUUGCAACGCCAAGAUCCGCAACAAGGACCAUGACACCCAAGUGCUCAUCCGCUACGUUGGGGACACUCUUUCGGUUAGUUUCUUUUUUGACUGCAGCUUUUUUAACUUUAUCAUAAAUGCUUCACUUUCAAAAGCAAGAAGAGACUUUUUGACAUCCUUCUCUAAAGAGAAAAUGCCGAAAUUUUUCAUAUUUCGAAGCAACAAUCUACUGGAAAAUCUUUCCAAAAUCAUCAAAUUAUAAAAAAAGUUUGUGAGCAAAAAAACUAAGAAAAUUUUUUUUCAGAUCUUCACUGAUGUUGAAGGACAAGGCAUCUGGAAACAGUGCAUGAGUGUGAACAACGUCCAGCUCCCGACCGGUUAUUAUCUUGGCAUGAGUGCGGCUACGGGCGACUUGAGUGGUGAGGCUCAUAUAAAAUAUUAUGAAAAAAAGGAACAGUAAAAAAAUAUCUCACCCAAAAGCUAAAAAAAUUGUUUUUCAAGGUUCAUGAGAAAAAAAUUCCCUGAGACAUCAUCAUUUCAUAUUUUUUUAUGCAGAAACAUCAAAUCACUGUUUCAGACAACCACGACAUCAUCUCUGUCAAGAUGUUCGAACAGGAGUUUGCUCAUGUGGAACGCGUCGGAGAGGUGAGAAAGGACCUCUCGAUUUUAAAUACUAAAUGAAUUUUUCAAGUUUUGCCGCUCAUUCGAGUUAUGAGGCCCCUCAAUCUGUUCGCUCAAAGUUUAGUGGAAGAAAAAAUAAUUUUUAUAAUUUUUGAAAUAAUACAUGGAUUAAAAGUUACCUGCGUGAUAGCUUUUUUGGGAUAUCAAAGGUUUUUUUCCAAGAUCUAAAAAGUUUUUAGUGGGCAAACGCAUAAAGAUGGAGAAACUCAAUUUUUACAUUUUCAGAUGAACCGUCGCGACGUUGUGCCCCACGCCGACUUCACCGCUUCUCCAAGAGACCACGUCGUAGAUCCCAAGCCGUCGUCUCUCGGAUGGUUCAGCACCAUCGUUCUCAUCAUUGUUGGUGUGGUCGUCGUCGUUGGAGGCGUCAUUUUUGGCGUCGUCUACAUCCAGAAGAAAAACGACCGACAGAAGAAACGAUUCUAUUAA